GAGGGUUUAAAGAGCGCCUCGGACGGGGCCGCGCAGCUGGAGCGACCAAGCGGUGCCAGGCCAGGUGUGCGCGUCGGUCGGUCCUUCCGUGCCCGCGCCGGAGACCAGCCCCGGAGGCCGCCCGGGCCCGUCCCUGUGCCCGGCACCAUGAAGCAGGAGCCUGCAGCCCAGAACUCCCCUCCCGCCUCUCCGCCCUCCUCACAACCCCUCUCCGAGGAGGACGACCCCCAAGCGUUGUGGAUUUUUGGGUACGGCUCCCUGGUGUGGAGGCCCGACUUCGCCUACAGCGACAGCCGUGUGGGCUUCGUGCGCGGCUACAGUCGCCGCUUCUGGCAGGGAGACACCUUCCAUCGCGGCAGUGACAAGAUGCCUGGUCGUGUGGUGACCCUUCUUGAAGAUCGUGAGGGCUGCACUUGGGGUGUGGCAUACCAGGUGCAAGGCGAGCAGGUGAGCGAGGCCCUGAAGUACCUGAACGUGCGGGAGGCGGUGCUCGGCGGCUACGAUACCAAGGAGGUCACCUUCUACCCUCAAGAUACCCCUGACCAACCACUCAAGGCAUUGGCCUACGUGGCCACCCCACAGAACCCUGGCUACCUGGGUCCUGCCCCCGAGGAGGCCAUCGCUACACAGAUCUUGGCCUGCCGAGGCUUCUCCGGGCACAACCUUGAAUACUUGCUGCGCCUAGCGGACUUCAUGCAGCUCUGUGGGCCCCAGGCUCAGGACGAGCACCUGGCCGCCAUCGUGGACGCGGUGGGCACCAUGCUGCCCUGCUUCUGUCCCACUGAGCAGGCGUUGGCACUGGUCUGAGGGGCUGAGCCCCUGCAGGGAGUGCCUACAUGGACACGGGGGCCGGGUCCCCACUCCAGUGCACACAGACAGACUUAAUACGGCUGGAGCUCACUGAGAGGACUCGGUGGGCUGACAGGGGUCUCUCGUAAGCCCCUGCCUGUCUGCCAGCCCCCAGAUCUCCUGCCUGACACCGACUUGCUACUUGAAACUUUAUUUAUUGCACCAUGUUGGUGUGGUGGGCAGGAUGGGGGGGCCUGCCCUAGAUACAGGGGAGCUGCUGAGCAGUGCCCCACACCAGGUGCCUGGUGCCUGGCUGGAAUCCCCCCAGUGCUGCUACUGUCCCCAUACUACCCAGGCCUCCAUCUUCCCAGGGAGUCUCCAAGAGCCUUGACCGUCUGCCCACCCCUUCCAGACCAACCAUUCCCCAGCCCCAGAAACACCACCUGCCAAGGGUCCCAGCCUGCUGGUGAGGGUAUAGAAAGGAGUGAGGAGAGGGAGCCCUACAGGAUCUGAGGGCCUGCAGCCUGUUCAUCCUCCAGGUCCCCAGGGCAGGCUGGCUCUGGAGCCCAGACACAGCUGCUGAGGCUGAGCCAAGACCUCUUCCCCGUUUGGCUUUGUUUCCCUGUUCCUCUGUCUGUCUGUCUGGGCUACUUCUGUCUGUCGGUCUGUUCCUGGGAAGCUUAUUACUAUAGGUAGGCCGUGGCCCCCUCCCAGUCUGUCCCAUACUGUAAUCCAUAAACUGACCUCAUUAUCUGUGC